UUUUAGCCAUGCUGGAAGAUUACCUGUUCCUUCAUGUUAUUUCCCUCCCUCCCUCCCACGCCAAUAUCACUAUGAACAACUAAUUACAUCAUAUAAAUCAAGCGAUACGCACACACAUACAUACAUAUACACAUGUAGAUAAAUAUAUAUACAUACACGCACACACAUAUAUACACGCUAUGCUCAUACACACACACACAUAUACAUACAUAUAAUACAUCAGACAUCCAAAAUGGCUAUGGAAAAACAUUUAGUAGUUAAAGAUGUCCACACACGUUGUGUAACAGCACUUGGUUAUAAUCCGACACGGCGAGAGAUUGUUAUUGGCUGUCAAGAUGGCACAGUGAGAUGCUGGGAUGUAGAGUCUGGAAAACUAAGUCAAGCUUACCGCGAACAUAUUGGAUGGGUAACUGAUUUCUUAUAUUGGUCAGAGAUGAAACUAUUUUUGUCAUCAUCCAGUGAUGGUUUCAUCAUACUUUGGUCCUCUGGAUGUGGAAUCACAGAUAGAAUAUUUCUUGGUUCACCAAUUCAUUGCAUGACCAUGAACUUUCGCAGACGACAGUUACUUUGUGGUUCCAGAAAUGGCAUCAGAAUCUACAAACUUGAUGAAAACAAAGAAUGUGGUCACGUGAUUGAUCCGUCUGUCCUCCAUAUUGCUAAAUACCACACUGAUAUCAUUUGUGCAGUGGUCUGUCACGAAUCUCGAAUAUAUUCAGGAGGGUUCGAUCAAAGAUUAAUCAUUUAUGAUUUAUCAUACACAAAUGAUAUGAAAAUACGUCCUCUGGUGGUUAAAUACAGAGCACAUGAAGCUGGACUUACUUGUGUGGUUCCUGCAAGAGAUUGUGACAACAACUUCUGGAUUGUUACUGGUUCAUUCGACAAAACAGUGAAAAUCUGGUCCAUUGAUGGUAACCAAGUGCAUAAAAUAGACAACUUCUUGGCCCCAAUAUCCAGCAUUUGCUACUGCCCACGAGACAGGACAAUAUGGGUUACUGCUGGCUUACCAUCUGCAUGUUUGUUUGAACCAAAGUCAGGGGAUAACGUGACUGAAUGCGUGGCGACGUUUCAACAAGAGGAUGAUGAGAGAUAUCAUCUUCAACUUUUGAAAUUUCUACCAGAGCUGAACCAAGUUGUAGGCUCAACGAGCAGGAAACAUCUGAUUGUAUGGAAAUACAAUUCUUCCGGUUGUCUCACGGCGCUGAAGGCCAGGAACUCCCUAGAAAGUUUAUGUUACACUUCUCAGGAACCCGUUCUAUAUUUCUCAGCAGACAGCAAAGGAAUUUUCACACGAUGGGAAAGAACUCAGUCGAAUUUCUUCGUGUACAGUAAACAGGAAUACAAUUUAGAUGAUAUUAAAUAUAAACAAGAAGGAUUUGGUGACAGUGAUGAUGAUGAUGAUGAUGAUGAUGAUGAUGAUAGAGGAGGUGGCGGUGGUGGUGGUGUUGGUCGUGCUUUUGUAGGUGCUGGUGGUGCUGGUGGAGACGGUGGUGCUGGUGGAGCCGGUGGUACUGGUGCUGGAGGUGACGGUGAUCGUAAUGGAAACUCAGAGGCCUAUGGUGGAUGUGAGGCUAAAGAAAUGAAACGUCACUACAGAAAGUUGGAGUCAAGUUACUGUUCCGUUGAUAGAAGAAGUUCUGAAGUCAAACUCCCAAAGACGCAUCGAAGCACUCUGCAGAAGACUAUUCACAGCUCAUCAACUUCUAAAUAUUUCAGGAAGGCACAGCGCGAUGUAGGGAUUCUGAAAGUUACCUUUGUCGAAUCUCUCGACUUUCUAGUGAUGGGAUGUGAAGACGGUAAGAUAUAUGUUUGGGGAUUUGAUGUCAGAGCAGCGGAGAAACUACAAAAGAUUAUCCCCAAGGAAGAUAACAUAGCAGAAACUAAAUAUUCGGUUCUCUUAGACAAACAGUCUGAGCUACUGAAAAUCAAGAAUGCAGACACACAAACAAACACGAAAAGAGUUGCGGACUUCAUUUGUAUAUAUAUUUUAAAGAAACACAGAAUAUCAGUCUCAAGUUUCAUUGUAUUGGACAGGAGCCAUGGUUAUGGUGGUACUUUCUUGGUAAGUGGUGGAUGGGACCAACAACUUUGUCUGUGGAACUUAGAAACUGGACAACUGCAUGAUGUUUACCAAGGUUCUGAAAAGAGAAGGAAGUCUAGGAAAAAUUUCUUACCAGCAUGUGACGGUGCCAUCCUCGACAUGGACUAUUCUCCAACUCAAAAAGAAUUCAUCUACGGUUCUUGUGACAGUAUGGCCUAUAUCCGAAAAUUCUCCACCAGAACUGAUCAAAUGUUACUACAGAAUACACUUCAGGGACACGGGGGUGAUGUUGUGGCAUGUAAAUGGAAUCCCUUCAUUAACAAAUGGAUUACAGCUGCGGAAGAUGGAAUCAUCAGAAUUUGGUCUUCAACAGGAUUGUGCAAUUGUGAACAAGUUCUAUCGGCCCAUGGAUCUAUCUAUAGCCUCAUAAUCGACAAGCUGAAUGGAAAUCUUAUUGCUGCGGUUCAAAACACAAUCAAAGUGUUUGAUAUUGAAAGUUACUGCGUUGUCCAGGUGAAUGUAGGCCACAAUGAUAUGAUAAAAGACAUCAUCCAUGUACCCAGCAGAAACCAGUACGUUUCAUGUUCCUGGGACCAGACUGUUCGAGUAUGGAAAGCAUGGAUGAAAAAAGCUCCUAGAACUUUAAACAGAACAUUUCAAAAUUCAACGAUUUAACAGAAAAGCGCAGAAGAUAAUGGAACCUCAAGAAAAUCCUAGCGAGAGCAGUGUGCUAGUAUGUGUGUGCGUGUAUGAGUGUGUCUGCAUAU